AUGACUGUCCUCCAUAUCUUUGCGCUUUUUGAUGCCAUCGACACUCUUCGUAUCGUCGAUGCAACGUUGCCAAGCUUUUCUGUAUUCUGGGGUCGAGAAGGCAUGGACUACAUGCGAAACCUCGCUCAAGUGGUCUCUCGCUUGAACAUGAAGCGACUCGUUAUCCACAACCCUGUCUUGAGGAGCCUGUGGGUGGACACCCCGGAGUGUCCACGGAUCUGUGAGCUUCAUGGUCUACUUCGUGACCCUCAGUCGGAGCUCCAACUCUUGGCUAUCAACAUCGCCAAAGCGGUAUGGUACAACCUGGUGUUUGGAGGACGACAAGAAGGAGUACAACGGGAUUUAUGCAAUGCCCUUGGCGCAUCCGCGAGGUUGCAACAUCUCACGUUAGGAUUCUUUAACUUCCAUCGCAUGCUUCCGGUGAAGGAAACGGACUUCUACCAAUUGAUCAUUAUUAGAAACACGGACCUCAUAUAUGCCGCCCCUCCUCGCCUUCAGGAGGUCACCCUCCAUUUUCCCAAUCUUCUCCCGCUGGAAGACUUCCGCGAGAGUCACUCCUCGACAACAGACAAAUCCUUGCUGGAUUGGAGCGAGCUGGAUGGCGCGCUUGCGAGCAAAGUCUAUCUGCGAGUCGAUACGGCAAUCGUUCCGCAUGGAACUUACCCCUUUCCCGCCAUUGACGAGAAAGUCAGGAGGUGGAGCACCCAGUCGAAUCCUCCGUUCGCACCUCUACCCGAGGAAACAGUUUUCAAGCAAGCUGCCGUCACAGACGGGGAAUUGAAAAUCUCGCCGUCAAAUGUCAUCGACCCUAUCUUCCGCGUCUUCGCGCUUUUCAAGAGCAUAGAGUCUCUUUACUUGGUCCACACCCGUUUGCCCUGGCUGCUGCCCAACACGCAAUUGGCUCCUGUAGACGUGAUCUUCUAUCGUCUGCAAGUGCGAAAUCUCGUCAUUUGUUCGGAUGAUGAGGCAGUGAGCGUGUUCGAACGCGCCGUCGGGUUCCUUCUGCGUGCCCCUGUUGUCCGGCCCCCACUGCGGAGCCUCUGGGUAGACUGCAUAGACAUUCCGAAGAGUAUAGCGCUUCAGGAUUUCCUCCGCGACUCCCAGCCGCCGUUACAAGACCUCGGAAUCAAUGUCUUCAGGCCGGUGCUGCAAUCAUAUCUCGACAGGGGACAUGACAAAGAAUUUAUAAGUUUGACCACUGCCCUAAGCGCAGCCACAGCGCUCCAGCGGCUUUCCCUGCGGCUCUUCAACUUCCUCUUGAUGCUUCCGCCCGCUCCCGGUUUCGAUAUCUACGAGUACGUCAUCACUUGCAACACAGAGCUUGUCCGCGCAACCCCACCACAGCUAUCGGAAGUCACCCUCCAGUUUCCCAGCUUGAUUCCGGCACACAACGCUAUGCGGAAACCGUCCGCACCCGAUUACCCCGCGGUUGACUGGAGAGGAUUGGGCGACGAGCGCGGAUUGGACGACGCGCUCGUCGCGAAGAGCCAUCUAAGAGUAGUGACGGCGCUCCUCCCACAUGAUACAUACCCAUUUCCUCUGCCUUACGAGACUAAGGAAUUGCGAGUGUUUGAAGCGUUCAGCCCUUUGUCGGAAGAGACUGUCAUUAAACAAGCUGUAAUCACUGAUCACGAAGAAGCAAUCGCAUGUCUCAAAAAGGCCUUUCCUCAGACGUACUUGAGGGGUCUCUUGAAGUUGAUGGUAGCCUAUCCGGAUGGUAGCGUAGCCGUGUGUGAUGUAUGA